AGUCUCGCUGCUGCUGCUCAGACAGCAACAGCUCCGCCCGUCUCUCCGUAUCUCACCGUCUCUCUCUCUGUCUCCGUCCACCUGUCUUUCUCUCUCUCUCUCUCUCUCUCUCUUCCUUCUACCUGCGUCCCCCCUCCCUCCCUCCAUCCCUCCCUCCGUCCGUCCCUCUCCUCUCCCCCCUCUCGGUACGGACAUGCUCCCGGGGCUCCGGAGAUGAGGCUCCGAAAUGUCUCCUUCCUGACGGUCUUGUUGUUCGGACUGUGCGGGCUGGUCUCCCUGUCCUGGUACACCGCCUUCAGCAGCUCCAGAGGAGAUGUGGUGGAUAUCUACCAGCGGGAGUUCCUGGCGUUGAGGGAGCGCCUCCACUCGGCCGAGCAGGAGAACCUGCGUCGCUCCAAAGAGCUGAACCUGGUCUUGGAGGAGAUCAAGAGGGCCAUCGCUGAGAAACAGGCGCUGAGGGACAUCAACCGCACCUGGAGCAGCCUCUCAGAGGAGACAAGGCUCAAGUUGUGGAAUGUGAGCAGCAGUAAAAACGUGCUGCAGCUUCCCUCCAUCUUCCAUCACCUUCCUCACCUGCUGAACCGCGAGGACAGCCUGCUGCCCGCCGUGCACCUGGGACAGGGGCGCACUGGAGUGUCCAUAGUGAUGGGGGUCCCAAGUGUGAAGAGGGAGGUUCACUCUUACCUGACCGACACGCUGACGUCUCUGAUGUCGGAGCUAAGCGCGGCCGAGAAGGAGGACUGCGUCAUCGUGGUCCUCAUCGCUGAGGCUGACCAGCAGUAUGCCAGCAGUGUAGCAGACAACCUGAAGCGCAUUUUUCCAGCAGAAAUCCAGGCAGGUCUGUUAGAGGUCGUUUCUCCGUCCGUUCACUUCUACCCUGACUUCUCUCGACUGCGAGAGUCCUUCGGAGACCCCAAGGAGAGAGUCAGGUGGAGGACGAAACAGAACCUAGAUUACUGUUUCCUGAUGAUGUACGCUCAGACAAAAGGAACUUAUUACGUCCAGUUAGAGGACGACAUAGUUGCUCGUCCGAACUACUUCACCACCAUGAAGAACUUUGCGUUGCAGCAGCCGUCAGAAGAGUGGAUGAUCCUCGAGUUUUCUCAGCUCGGCUUCAUCGGUAAGAUGUUUAAGUCUUUGGACCUGUCGCUCAUCGUGGAGUUCAUGCUCAUGUUCUACAAAGACAAACCCAUCGACUGGCUGCUCGACCACAUCAUGUGGGUCAAAGUGUGCAAUCCAGAGAAGGAUGCAAAACACUGUGACAGACAGAAAGCCAACCUGAGGAUCCGGUUCAAACCUUCUCUCUUCCAACACGUCGGCACGCACUCCUCUCUCGCUGGGAAAAUACAGAAACUCAAGGAUAAGGACUUUGGGAAACAGACCCUCCAUAAAGGUCAUGCCAACCCGCUGGCCGAGGUGACGACCAGCCUGAAGACCUACCAGCACUUCACCUUGGAGAAAGCCUACCUGGGGGAGGACUUCUUUUGGGCGUUCACACCUGUAGCGGGGGACUUCAUACGGAUACGGUUCUUCACGCCUGUCCGCAUCGAGAGGUAUUUCUUUCGGAGUGGAAACAUUGAACAUCCCGGAGACAAACUUUUCAACACAUCGGUGGAGGUUCUGCCCUUCGAUAAUAUUCAGGCAGAGAAAGAGGCCUUGACAGAAGGGAGGGAGAGAACGCCAAAGUACCAUCGGACAGAAGAUGGAUUCAUCAGAAUAGGAAACUUCCAGAAAGGCAUUGCAGAGGGGGAGGUUGACCCCACCUUUGGGCCCCUGGAGGCGAUGCGUCUCUCGGUGAUAACUGACUCACCGGUCUGGGUGAUCCUCAGCGAGAUCUUCAUAAAGAAAGCAGACUGAAGCUCUGCCCCCCCCACCCCCCUCACUGUUACCUCAGCUCCUCCGAGUGUUCAGCCGAGCCAACCGGAGGCCAGUCAGCUGCCGCCCCGCUGACCAGAACCCCAACGCGGUGCCACAGUGCCGCCAUCUGGACGGACCUCAAUACUGCAGGGCUGCAGAGACUGGAAACACAGACCACACAGACGGACUGUGGACGUGAAGAGAGAGAGAGACGAUGCUGUAUUUAACCCUGAAGAGUCUGUAUUUAUGUGUACAUACAGUAAGUAAAUGUUGAAACACUGGUGAUAGUCCAAUCAUCACUUCUGAUGAUCAAACUGCUGCUUCUAAAGACUCAAAGGCCUCUUUCUAUCCGGACCUUUCUACCAACACCGGUGGCCCCACAGUAUGUGCGUAUAGAGCUGUACACACUUCAUAUGAAUGCCCUCUCAGUGUGUGUGUGUGUGUGUGUGUGUGUGUAGUCGCUGCUCUGGGUUCUGUCCUCCCAUCCGAGAGCAUUUUGCCUUAAAGAAGACGAAGAAGAGCCCUGAAACACUGCAACAUGUAGCGACAACAGUACCCACAAUCCUUUGCUGCGACCUCGGACCUUUUCACAUCUUUGUGGCUUGAAACUACUGAUGACAGCUGUUCUUUUCCUUUUUUUAAUGAAGUUUUUUUAAGUUGAUUUAUUUUGAGUUUACUGAGGCCUUUUCAAUGACAACUGCUCUGUUAGAUUCUGCAGUUCUUUAACGUACUUAAACACACGACACAGUAAAGUCCAGUACUAUACUGUAUACGAUUUACUUCACUGUAAGGUUGUCACCAUACCAGAAUUUUAAACUUUGAUAUGAUGUUACUAACACUCUAAUGAUAGUGAUACCUCCUUGACAAUAGAAGAAAAAAUAAAAGUCCUCGUCACCCAAUAUUGAGUAAUUUAUUGUUAUAAUUGUUAAACAUUUCAGGCAUACUCCUGCAACCAACGUAAUCAUGCUAUUUAGACGGAGUGUGUGGGAGUUUGCCUCCAAUCUUUCAUGGACUCAUUCUUCUCCUACACACCUGUCCAAUGGAAUAGAGGUAGUCUAUCAAGAAUCAGUCCUCUUUGCUACUAUCGAUCAUUAAAGUCAUAAUUUAAAGGUCCCAUAUUAUGCUUUUUCUGGUUUUAUAUGCUCUUAAGUGUGUUUUCCAAGUGUCCUGUGCAUGUUUAGGCACAUCUAUGUGCAAAAAUUCAAAGUCCGCGGAAAUGCGGCUUCUCCUACGUCCUCCUGUUAGCUGCAGCAUUAGCUGCAUGUAACGCUCGGUUCUAGCCCCCCUCGAAAAAAAUGUGCCAGUGUGACGUCUUGUCAGUGUGAGAUCACUGAUCUAAGCCCAUUGGCUCGUUGUGGCAAACCCUGCAGCUCAUGUUGCACGCCCAUUAACUUCUAUAGCACGCCCACGACAUGCCGUAGCCUGCGGUAGCACAGUAGUGCUAAGGUGCUAAUGUUUUUGCUCCCCUCGGAGCCAAAGUGGCUGCAUUCCCAAUAUGGUAAAAGGGGCGAGACAUUUCCGAGAACCGUGCUGAGUGACUGACCAAUUACGGCAGAGCCGACAGGCCGACCAAUCAGAUCAGACUUGGCACACGUGGGGACUUCAGAGCCUUAGAGAGAGAGUCAGAAGCGAGCCGGUGCAUGGAGCGGCAGUACAUGAAAACAGACACUUUUUUCAAACUUUAGCUAUUGUGAACAUACUUUAGUAGGUACAUAGAUUAAAUAUACAAACCCCAAAAAGGGCAUAAUAUGGGCUCUUUAAAUCAUGUGGUAUCGAAAAUAAUCAAAAUAUUGAGAACCUCACAGUACUCUAAUGAGCUCUAAAGCUCUGUGACGAACUCUGCAUUGUUCCACAGUACAUAUCAGUACUCUACCUUAUUCUAAAGUACUCAUGUCAUCUCAGUACUCUCACAGCCUCCAGUGCUUGAAUGAACUCUCCAGUGUAAGUUUGUUAAUGGUUUGGAUAUUUUGAUACUUUUCAAUACAGAUAUCAUUGUUCACAUCUCUUUGCAGAGCAGCUUACUUGUUUUAACCGGGCUGCAGAGCUCCAGAAAAGGCGCAUAUGUUACGUCUGUUGAGGUAUCCUGCAUUGAUUUGGUAGAUAAAACAAGGAAUUAACCCAAUACUGGUUGCCGUGGUAUCUUAACAGGUAUCGAUACUGUUUGAU